UAUUAGGCCAUCCAGUGGCCCGGGGUAAAACCAGACCCACUCAGGUUGUAGAUUAACAGCUCCUUCUCAUUCCACUGCUGCGGGGACUUGGGGACAUAUCUGCCCAACACAGGUGUGGUUCUGGGCUACAGGGCAGCAACUGCCCCCUUCCUCUGCUGAAACAGACCCCGGUUCCCUGGUUCCUGUCCCCACGGGGAAAUGGCCAUUGUGUGUACCAUCUGUUGCAGCACACGUGCAGACAAAGGGGGCACCGGGUAAGAGAUGCAGGAGGUGCACUUGAAUUUGACUCUACUGUUAGGGAACAUCUGCAUUGUAAAUGAAGUUAACACUGGCUUUGACCAAAUGUGAGGGCAAGGGUUUGCAUAUAAAAUGCCACUGACGUCUGAAUGAGGAAUAUGGUAUGGUCUAGUGUAGAAAAAAAAUCUAUCUAUCUAAUCAACAAUAAAGAUAAACUAAAAAUAAAAUUGCUAAAAAACACAACAUCAUUUAUAAUACAAUAUAAUAUUUGUAAUAGUGUGCACUAUUGUUUAUUGUUGAGCUCAUACAUUGAAACUAAUAAUAAACAGAAAAAAAGACAAAAUAUAUAUGAAUAUAAUAAUAUAUAUAUGCGUAAAAUCUACAGAUAUAUUGGAUAUAAACCACUAUCCAAAACAUUUUUCUCCAGCAGUGACACAUCACCAUGUCAUGCCUAUGAGAGGCCUUCUGGUGGCGCUAUUUCCAUUCAGUGUAGCGGAAGCCGUUUCAAAUAGGUCAAGGAAAAGUUUUGUGUUUUGAUAAUUCGUGCUGGGCGGAGCGGUGGCCUGUGGAUUGGUUGGUGAGUUUCAGCUCCCGAUCCAUGAUUGGCCCCAGCGCUGCAAUUGCUCUGUGAGCAGCCGAUGUCGGGUCCCCCCGCCCCGUUUACACCCCGCUGCACCACGCACCCCAGACUCAGGCACUACACUCAGUUCCUGCACCGGCUGUCACACGUUGUUUGCUCGGAGGCUGAAAUGUGACUCACAACACAGGCUCUGUCUACUGGAGUACCGCACUGACAACUGAAGGGAUUCUUUUGACGCGCACCGUGCGUCCUGCUUGUUUGGGGACACGCUGUGGAGAUUACCCUUCUGCCAUGUCAGUGGAUUUGCUUGCGCUCUUAUGCGUGCUGGUCAUCACAUGCUCUGCGAUGGAAGAGACUUUGAUGGACACCCGGGUGGCCACGGCUGAACUGGGCUGGACAGCUUAUCCCAAUUCUGGGUGGGAGGAGGUGAGUGGAUACGAUGAGAACCUCAACACCAUUAGGACAUACCAGGUGUGUAAUGUCUUCGAGCCCAGUCAAAACAACUGGCUCCUGACCACCUUCAUUGAUCGGCAUGGAUCACAGCGCAUCUAUGUGGAAAUUCGAUUCACUGUGCGCGACUGCAGCUCCAUCCCCAACGUUCCUGGCUCCUGCAAGGAGACAUUUAAUCUCUACUACUACGAAAGUGACGCAGUCAUCGCCACCAAAGGCACGGCCUUCUGGAUGGAGGCCCCCUAUCUGAAGGUGGACACAAUCGCAGCAGAUGAAAGCUUCUCGCAGGUGGACUUCGGUGGACGUCUGAUGAAAGUGAACACAGAGGUGCGGAGUUUCGGGCCGUUGUCAAAGAACGGGUUCUACUUGGCCUUCCAGGACUACGGAGCCUGCAUGUCUCUGCUCUCAGUAAGAGUGUUUUAUAAGAAGUGCCCGAGUGUGGUGCAAAAUUUCGCAAUGUUUCCUGAAACGAUGACAGGGGCUGAAAGCACCUCACUGGUCAUCGCCAGAGGGAUCUGUAUCCUCAACUCGGAGGAAGUAGAUGUUCCAAUAAAGCUCUACUGCAACGGGGACGGAGAGUGGAUGGUUCCUAUUGGUAGCUGCACGUGCAAGGCAGGAUUUGAACCUGACAACGGCAACGUGUGUCGAGCAUGUCCACCAGGGACCUUCAAGUCUGCUCAGGGCCCUGGUCUGUGCCUGCAGUGUCCUCCUAACAGCCGCUCCACAGCUGAGGCCGCCACCAUCUGCGUGUGCCGUAAUGGCUACUACCGUGGGGACGGAGAUCAGCCGGAUGAACCCUGCACCAGCGUGCCAUCCAGCCCCAGAAAUGUGAUUUCUAUCGUGAACGAAACCUCUGUGAUCCUGGAGUGGCACGCUCCGAGAGAAACGGGCGGCCGUGACGACAUCAGCUACAACAUCGUCUGCAAGAAGUGCCGAGCUGACCGACGCUCCUGCUCGCAUUGUGACGACAACGUGGACUUCGUUCCGAAACAGCUGGGUCUGACUGAGACCAGGGUGUUCAUCAGCAACCUGUUGGCUCACACUCUGUACAGCUUUGAGAUACAGGCUGUCAAUGCAGUCAGCAAUAAGAGCCCUUAUCCUGCACAGCAUGUCUCCAUCGACAUCACCACCAAUCAGGCUGCUCCCUCCAUAGUUCCCAUCAUGCACCAGAUCAGCUCCACCAUGAACAGCUUCACUCUCUCAUGGCCACAGCCGGAACAGCCCAAUGGCAUCAUUCUGGACUACGAACUGCGCUUCUAUGAGAAGGACCACGCAGAGAUUAAUUCCACCAUCCUGCGGAGCCACACCAACACUGCUCGUGUGGAGGGUCUCAGGUCGGGUACGGUCUACGUGGUGCAGGUGCGGGCGAGGACUGUAGCUGGCUUUGGCAAAUACAGCAGCAAGAUGUGCUUCCAAACCCUCACAGAUGAUGAUUUCAAGUCUGAACUGAGAGAACAGCUUCCUCUAAUCGCAGGGUCAGCUGCAGCUGGAGUGGUCUUCAUCGUUUCCCUCGUUGCCAUCUCCAUCGUCUGCAGCAGGAAAAGGGCGUACACCAAGGAGGCUGUGUACAGUGACAAGCUGCAGCACUACAGCACAGGAAGAGAACUCUCUUUGCGAGCCGACAUGUCUAACUGCCCCUCCCCACUCGGCUGCCCGACCCACUUCUCAGGCUCCCCAGGGAUGAAGAUCUACAUCGACCCCUUUACCUACGAAGACCCCAACGAAGCUGUACGGGAAUUCGCCAAGGAGAUUGACGUCUCCACGGUCAAGAUCGAGGAAGUCAUCGGUGCAGGUGAGUUCGGAGAAGUGUACAAGGGCCGCCUGAAACUGCCUGGUAAGAGGGAAAUUUACGUAGCCAUAAAGACCCUGAAGGCGGGCUACGUGGAGAAACAGAGGCGGGACUUCCUGUCUGAAGCGUCCAUCAUGGGUCAGUUUGACCAUCCCAACAUCAUCCGACUGGAGGGUGUGGUCACAAAGAGCCGUCCCGUCAUGAUCGUCACUGAAUUUAUGGAAAACGGCGCUCUGGACUCCUUUCUCAGGCAAAAUGACGGACAGUUCACAGUAAUCCAGCUGGUCGGAAUGAUGCGUGGGAUCGCGGCGGGGAUGAAGUAUCUCUCCGAGAUAAACUACGUUCAUCGUGACCUGGCUGCGAGGAACAUCCUAGUCAACAGCAACCUGGUGUGUAAAGUGUCCGACUUCGGCCUGUCACGGUAUCUUCAGGAUGACACCUCUGACCCCAGCUACACCAGUUCUCUGGGUGGGAAAAUCCCAGUGAGAUGGACAGCACCAGAGGCCAUCGCUUACAGGAAGUUCACCUCGGCCAGUGACGUGUGGAGCUAUGGCAUUGUCAUGUGGGAGGUGAUGUCGUUUGGAGAGCGGCCAUACUGGGAUAUGUCCAACCAAGAUGUGAUCAAUGCCAUAGAGCAGGACUACCGUCUGCCCCCACCAAUGGAUUGCCCCAGUGCCCUGCACCAGCUCAUGCUUGACUGCUGGCAGAAAGACCGCAACGUACGACCACGCUUCACCGACAUCGUCAGCACUCUGGACAAGAUGAUCCGUAACCCCGCCGGCCUCAAAGCUGUGGCCAACAUGCCUGCAGUGCCUUCUCAGCCACUGUUGGACAGAUCCAUACCUGACUUCAACACCUUCAGCUCUGUGGAGGAAUGGCUUGUAGCCAUAAAGAUGAGCCAGUACAGAGACAACUUCCUCAACUCAGGCUUUACCUCCCUGCAGCUGGUGGCUCAGAUGACCUCCGAAGAUCUGCUGAGAAUAGGAGUGACCCUGGCCGGCCACCAAAAGAAGAUCCUCAGUAACAUCCAGUCCAUGAGAGGACAGAUGAGCCAGGCGCCCAUUACGAUGGCAUGACUACAGGAGGCGCUGUGCCACAGAAUGGGCAGCAUUCACAGGACCAACAACAGUGGCAGCAUUCGAAUGACCCCCAAUCCAUCGGAACGCACCAGAGUGGAGACUAUUGUCUUAAUCUAAUCCAUUACCAUGACUACAGGAGACCAGGGUCUACACUUCCACAUGGUGAACACUGUCACACACUUCAUGCAAUCCACACCAAGGAGUUCAGGGUCCAGACUCAACCCUGUUUGUCUACCUACCCUCAGAACAAGGGUAGUCACCGUUAGCUGUGGCUCACGGCUCAUCCAUGUCAUUGUGAACCAAAACAACACCAGAUUUCAACAGUCAGACAUUGACACGGGGAACCUCUCACGUUUUCAGACUCUGUGGUGAAACGAGUGAUAUUGUAUGUCUAUAUUAUCUGGACUUACGUAGAAGAUGUUAAACUUGUGAACAAAAAUGUGAGACACUUUGACCUGUGAUCUUUAAUCCAUAGUGUUGUGUGCAAUGAAGAUGCCUUGAAUUGGCCAGACAUAAAUCCCAGAAGAAAAAGCAAUUACCAGUGGAAGUAACUGGAGGGUGAAGAAUACAGGGAUGUACAGUGGAGCGCCACCUUUGACUUUAAUCCCACUCUGUUUUCUUUUUUUUUUUCUUUUGCUUGAACUUGAACAAAUUGUCAAUGAAAUUGUGAAAACCUAGAUAUUAGUUAUAUGUUGGUCUUGUACCAUCUGUUUGUUUGUUUGUUUUUCACUAUAGCAGGAUGCUGUCCACUUGUAUUUUAACUCUAACACUACCUGUGGGUGGGGGGCCUCGCCAAAGGACAAUUUUUAGGUAGUGCCACCCAGAUUCAGAGACUAUAGAAAUGUUUAUCUCUGGCUGAAUAUAAUUAUAUCUUUCCUAGUUAACCUUCAUAUUGAAGGUGUGUAUGAAUAUGUAUGUACAGGACUCUCUGCUUGCAUUUUUGGCAACGACACAUUUGUUGAUUAGAUUGUGGUUGACACACAUGCCAUGUGUAGACACCUUCGCCCCCCAACCCCCACCCCCCUUUCCUCCGUACAUCAGAAAACACGGAUGCUGUCUUGCAUGUCCUGUUUGGGCAGCGACUAGGACAAUCCUGACUGAACCUGAAGUGAGGAAAUUGUGAAAGGAAUGUUGAGUGAACUAUUGGUAUUGUAGAUCUAUAUGAAAAUCAGCAUUAGGUGUAGAAAUGAUUGACAGAUGAAUCAUUUAAAAGAGGUUGUGUUCAGCGUGGCUGUACACAUGCCAUUUCUUGCUGGUGAGCACUUACUUGUACAGAUGAUUUGCUGUAUGUUUUGUUUCCCCUUUGACCUGUUGCCGUUUGUGUCGGAAAUGCUCAGCUCCAUCAGGAGGUGAGAGGAAUCUUUGUGCUCUGACCAGCAAAAACCCAUGCCUGCAGGGUUGAAGAGUCACGAACAACAUCUGGAUGAACAUGAAGAUUCAAGACAGUCUAUCGGCAACUGUGAAGAAAUCAUCCUUUCAAAAAAAAAAGGUUACCACCUCUCUUUCUGCUGUACACAAAGUUGGAGUUGCAUUCUCGUGCACAUGUCAUAGUUUGUUAGUUUAUUCGUCUAUGUGUGGGCGACUGGCUAUGGCUGAAUGUGUGUGUUUGUGCAUAGCAGGCACAUUAGUGUGCACAAACAUAUACACGUGCACAGGUACCUUGUUUCUAGUGUGUAAAUGUGUCUCUUUUCUGCUUCCGUUCCUGUAUAGCAACCCCUUGUAAAUUGUGACACAUGUCCAGAGUUUGUAAAAGGUAACUUUCUGAGAACUAUUGUAUUAAAAUGCACUCAAUAAAGGCCUUGUGAAACAG